GUCAAAGUAUGCAAGCAUAGAUUUUGUGGUUAUGUUUUACAGUGUCUAAAUAAUAACACGAGUUAACGAUGACAUUAUUCAUAUAAUAAAUCCGAUUAUUAGUUUUCAUCAGAUAGACGACAAAGAAAUUCAUCCAUAGACCCAAGUGUUGUGAAAAUAUUUUUGUGGAAACAAUUUGCAAGAGAGAAUGGAUAAAGUGAAUGACAAGAAAACUUUGACGGAGAACGAGCGUUUAGAGCUUGCUGCUAAAUUGGAUGCCGAAUUGGACGAGUACAUAAGUACCUUGGAAAAGAAGAGCUAUACGGAAGGAUGGCCGGAGGACAAAUGGCAAGAGGAAAUGGAGAAACAUCCAUUCUUCAUGAAGAAGGCACCAGAACCUGGCGACGAACUGUCUCCUCUCAUGGAGGGAUUGCAACAACUUAAAUAUGGGAAGGAUGAGAAUACUCCUGAAGAAUUAGCAAACAAUUACAAAGAGGAUGGAAAUUUUAAUUAUAAAUAUAAAAAAUAUCGUCUCGCUAUUCUUAGUUACACAGAAGGCAUAAAAACUAAAUGUAAAGAUGAUGAUUUGAUGGCUCAGCUUUACAAUAACAGAGCUGCAGCACACUUCAUGUUGCAAAAUUACAGAUCGUGUUUAAAUGAUUGUAAAAUGGCUUUAAAAUUAAAACCAGAAUAUCCAAAGGCUUUAAACCGAGCUGCGACUUGCAGCUUUCAUAUUAAAGAUUAUGACCAGUGUAUAGAUUUAUGUGACGAAUUUCUUGAUCAGAGUCCAACUGAUAAAGCAAUAAUGCAAUUAAGAUCUGAUGCUGAAAUUGCACAAGGAUAUUCAGAAAGAGACAAAAGAAAACAGGACAAGUUAGAAGAGAAAUUGAAUAAAGAGGACGAGAAAUUGAUAGAAACAAUUUUGAAAAAAGGUAUUAAUUUAGAAUUUACAAAUGAAGGAAAGCUGGAAUUGAAAGAUCUGGAACCUCAAGUGCCACAAAUAGCGCAAAAUAGAGUACACUUUGACGAGAAGAAUAAGCUUGUAUGGCCAGUGAUGAUUUUAUAUCCAGAAACACAUCAAACUGAUAUGAUACAAAAUUUUCACGAAGAUACAUUGUUAAUAGAAGAAUUAAUAGAACUGUUUAAAGAGCCUCCUGAAUGGGAUACGAAACAUCGUUAUACUGUCGAAAAUAUAAACGUAUAUUUCGAAGGCAAAAAUAAAUGUUCCCUUCAUAAAGUAGAUAUCCAACUCACAUUGGAUAAAAUCUUACAAAACAAACACGGCGGUAGUUUUAUAGCUUACGAAAUAUUUCACAAAAGGGAAAAAAGUAAUUUAUUACAAGCCAAGCCCCGAAAAAAUUCCGUUCAGUCCAUAACACCCAUGCAAGAACGGACUAGAAAGCGCAUCGUGGGCCACCUGAAAAAACGCAAGAGAUCGCUCAACGAUCGGAGGUGGAAUCGGCCGCGAUUCCUUUUUGCUUCUUCGUCGCGAACCGUGGAAGGUAACACACGAAAAACGGCGAACCACUACGGGGUGCAUUACGCGAGCUCGUACGCGUGCAGCAACGGCGCACCGAGUGUGUACACCAGCACCGGUUGUUGCACCAGCGCGAACGGCUUCAACGUGCAGCAACCGCAGCUCCACGAGGAUUACCGGCCGAUCUACUUUUACGUGGCGCAGCCCUACACGAUCCCGUACACCUUCGCCAAGAGGCCGAAGCCCGCCGCGUCGUCGCUGCUAAGAGCGUACAAGCCGCGCGGCAACAACAAUUGCCGCGUCAAGUUCUCCAAGCGGCUUAGCAACGCCGACUUCUCGCAGAAGGUCAAGCAGGGCGAGUUCUCCCGCAGCCUGAAUCAGGUGCACUUCGCGGAAAGUCACGGUCAAGUGCUUGCGAGCUAUCCAAAAGCUGGAUCAUCGUCUCAUCACCGUGAUCCGAGGAUGACGUCGAUGUUUCGGAGGGGCACGAUAUUCGCAACAUUUUUCCUAUCAUUAUUGGGUGGAGGGCUCGUCUGUGCAGCCCUUGUGACUCAGCACUGGGUUGAAGCGCGACCGUGGAGAACGCCUAAUCCUCAAGAGAGCGCCGGUCGAGUUCACUUCGGCCUGCUACAAGGCAAGAAGGAAUUAAACGUCGCUUACGGAUGGAGGACGUAUCACGUAUCUGUUCCUCAAAUGAUUCGACAAGAUCCAUCAGUGAUGUCUUGGGCUCUCUGGAUCGCUACGUUAGUAACAACGUCGGCUGCCUUGGUAGCAGCUGCGCUUGCUGCACUUUUGGCAGUUUUAAACACAGCUACUUCACCAAGAUCAAAAAUUCUAUCCAUUCCUGGCGUAUAUUUUAUAAACAUGUUAACACUGUUAAUGUGCUUAGCAAGCACUUGUACUUGGUUAGCGCAGUAUUAUACAAGACUGUACGUUAAUGUGCUUCCGAAGGAGGACAUCGAUAAUAUGUGGACUAGCGAAGGUUCCGCCGAACUUGGUUAUUCAUUUUGGCUCAUUGUUAGCGCUGGCGUUAUACACCUGAUCAGCAUAGCGUUAGUCGGCUGGGGAUCAGGUAGAGAAAAAGACAAUCGUCUGGAACCAAUACCCGCGCUCGAGGAGAAAACAGCCGCAGCGAUAAUGUUGUAUUAAAUGUUAUUAUAACAUCGUCUAAAUCGACGCAAGCUAUAACCAAUUUACGCUACCGUGUAAAGUUUUCGAACUAAGUAUCUACAUCGAGACUGAACGGAAAUCAAUUAAGCAGAGAUUAAAACGACACAGUUUCGUUUAUGCAGAUUUGUGCCUCGCACAGUUCCUAAAUAUCUGCCAAGCGUCAUAACUAAUUACUUGCUUAGAAAUAAUUCAUUUGCAGCAGAUGCUGCAAUAUCGUCACUCAAGUUAAAGCAUGAGCGUAUAAACGUAUAUGAAAUAUAAUGCUUGACACACCGAAAGCAUGAAACGCGCUAAUAAAGGACAGUACUUGCUGUGACAAGUUGAGAGUUGGAAUACGACGCCGCGUACCGCUUAUAUACAUACUUUGUAACUAUAUACACGUGUUAUCACAAUUAUAUGUACAUAUUUAAAUAAUUUAAAUAAAUAAUGUAAAAAUAAUA